AUAAACACGUAUUUUUUCAAUCCGUGAGAUAAUUAUGCCGAGAGCUGUUUUGUAAACGAAAACUUUUGUGAAUUAAACUUGUGUUCUAUGUGAUCAUCCAACUACAAUCAUGUCUAGACAUCGGAAUGUGCGCAACGCUGUCUACGAUGAUUACGAUGAUGACGACUAUCGAUAUGGCCACUCGGUCGAAGAUGAUUGCAUCUCGCCGACGGAUGCACAACAAUGGAUGUACGACCGUGCCAGGGGUCAGCAAAGCAUGUCCGAGUUCCUUGCGAACAAUCGCGAUAUAGAGGAAGAAGAUGAUGAGGAAAUCGCCGUGGCAACCGCGGGCACCGCUCACAAGAGACGCGACUCGGAGUGCUACCAAAUGCCAGAGCUCAACGAUGAAGACCGUGCCCGGUUGCUGUCUUGCAUGGAUGAAAUCAGGGAUAUUAUUGGCGACUCGAGCACCGACCGGCAGAUGGUGGAGGCAAUCAUGAAGCACGAUUACGACUGCAGCAAGGCAUUGGACGAGAUACUGAACAGCAACAAGACACCUCCGACGGCCGGCAGAUCCGGUACCAAACUAACGAGCGAGAAAAUUGAAAAAGGUAUUGGGGAGCGAUUGCUGGAACGGUCGGAAAAGAAGAUGCAGACGGCAUCGCAGAAUGUACCAACCGUCAUUGCAACACCGGCACCGGAGACAAACCUUCCAGCGCGUCCAUCUAUGGCUGCUUCGACGGUCGUUGUAACACCGGUGGCAAGGAAAACUCUCGGUUUCGAGAUCAGCAGCCCACAGGGACAGUCGCCAAGCGUUUCUGGGCGAAACACUCCCGAACUCGGGUCUGACGAAGGCAAACUACAACAGCUGCACAACCAGUCGCUAAAGUCGACCCCGAAAGAACCAGUUCGUAACGCGAAGGAACUGUUCACUAAAGAGCGCGGUACAAGGAAAGAGCAUAUUCACAUGGUUGUGAUCGGACACGUCGAUGCGGGCAAGAGCACUCUGAUGGGUCAUCUGCUGUACGACACGGGCAACGUAUCGCAGCGUGUCAUGCACAAGCAUGAACAGGAAAGUAAGAAGCUGGGGAAACAAAGCUUCAUGUAUGCCUGGGUGCUGGAUGAGACGGGUGAGGAACGCGAGCGGGGCAUUACGAUGGAUGUUGGAAGCACCCGGUUCGAGACAGCAACGAAAGAGAUAACACUUCUCGAUGCUCCAGGACACAAGGAUUUUAUACCGAACAUGAUUUCUGGUGCAAACCAGGCCGACGUUGCGCUGCUCGUCGUUGACGCUACCCGGGGUGAGUUUGAGACCGGAUUUGAACAAGGUGGUCAAACCCGAGAACAUGCCCUGCUCGUGCGAUCGCUCGGUGUGAGCCAGCUGGGUGUGGUGGUCAACAAGUUGGACACGGUCGGGUGGUCCAAAGAUCGGUUUGAUGAGAUCGUGAAUAAGUUAAAGGUGUUCCUUAAGCAAGCCGGCUUUCGCGACUCGGAUGUCACGUACGUUCCUUGCUCUGGUCUAACGGGUGAAAACCUGGUAAAGGAUCCGACAGACCUUGGCUUGAUUCAGUGGUACAACGGUCCUACGCUACUGAAAGUUAUCGAUACUUUCAAAACACCUGAACGUGCAAUUGACAAACCCUUCCGUAUGUCGGUGGCGGACAUUUUCAAAGGGACUGGUUCGGGCUUUUGCAUAUGCGGUCGCAUCGAGUCGGGCGUCGUGUGCAUCAACGACAAACUGCUCGUCUGUCCCAGCAAGGAGCAGGCUGUCGCAAAGAGCAUCUUCAUCGAUGAGCUUCCUCAGCAGACUGCUUUCGCCGGCGAUCAGAUAUCGCUCACGUUGACCAACAUCGACAUCAGCAACAUCGCCGUUGGAUACAUUCUGUCCAGCAUCUACCACCCGGUACCGCUGGCCACCCGCAUUUUGGCCCGUAUCGUAGUUUUCAACAUCAAAGUUCCGAUCACGAUGGGUUACCCGGUGCUGUUGCACCACCAGUCGCUCAUCGAACCGGCCACCAUUCGCAAGCUCAAGGCCCAGCUACACAAAGGCACCGGAGAGGUGGUAAAAAAACACCCGCGCUGCUUAGGCAACAAUUCGUGCGCACUAGUUGAACUUGAAUUUCAACGCCCCAUCGGUAUGGAGCGGUAUGCGGACUUUAAAGAUUUAGGACGAAUUAUGUUGCGUGUGGGAGGCGUGACGAUUGCCGCGGGUCUUGUUACCGAAAUUAUUAAGUAAAGCGAUGACGAUCCAGCCCGAAUUAUUUUCUCUUGUUUCAGGAUUGUUUUUCACUUUUUUUUAUAUUUGCUGAACUCCAUGUGAUGGAAUAAAUUAUGAAACAAU